ACCUGGGCAGGGCUUUGCGGCUGUGCACCCCUGCCAUCCUGCCAUGUCUCACCUCGUCUCGUCUCACCUGGUACAGAAAAGCUCUCUGGCCAGGCCUAAGAGAAAGGCAGAUGGCCCUUCUUCCAAAGACACGAAUUUCUGGGCACCUGUUAUGCACAUCGUGGGAAGCGAGCACUCGUUUGAGAGUCUGUAUGAACAGUCAUCUGGGUUUGGGUAUCCCGGGACCCCUGCACAGCAAGCAGCAGUGUCAUUCCUGAAAAGAGGAAUUCUCAGAAAAGAAGAAAAACUUGGAAUCAUCGAUCCAUCAAAACAGCUUUCAUCAGUCCACUUUUUCCCAAAAGUAUUGGAUUCCAGUUCUGCCACACUCGUCCCACUGUCGUAUUCAUUUUCCCAAGAAAUACCGAUUGGCUUCUACCAGAUCCCCAGAGCCCAGAACAGCAGCUUCACCUCGUCGUCCAGAGGACCGCUGACUUCUAAAUCCACCGUCCGGAGCUGCUCCCACAAAGACAGCAGCCUGGGAAAGCAGAGCACAAGCUUCAUGAUUCCAAGGAGACGGCCCCAGCCGAGCUUGGAUUUGCAGGAUACACACGUUUUUGGGGAUGGCGAGGAUUAUUUCCUUUCUUUAUUUGGAGAAUCGAAGAAGGUCACAGCACGUUCAUCCCAAGCCGAGGAAGUGAGCAAACAUCUCUCUGUGAUUCUUGAGGAAGUGGGCCAGUUCACAUCCAGUUCUCUUGGAGACAUUAAAAUAGCUGAGGUAAAUGUCAAGGGUUUCUUUGUGAGGCUUGUUAACUCCUCCAAUGAAAAGGAAGUCGAGAUUGGAAACCACAUUCUCCAACAAAACGUGAAAGGACAUGCAGUCUCCUUGUACCAGUUCCCUGACAACAUCACACUGCAGGCCAGCUCCAUGGUGACAGUGUGGGCAGCAGCUUCGGAAGCAAAGCCGCAGCCACCAACAGACUUUGUCUGGGAGGAGCAGAGCAAGUUCCGAUCCAAUCCGGACUGCACGACCAUCUUGUGCAAGCCCAAUGGUGAGGCCAUUGCCUGGUACACUCCUAUCCACUGGAAGCAAGCCUGGGAGAAGUUAGAGACUGACAUUGAAUUUGAAAGAUGCUCAGUAGUGAGUCCGUCAAUGAGAAGCCACAUGUUCGGGUGGACCGCAGCAUCCAUGUCUCCCAUAAGUAAGGAAAAAGAAGAACCAAGACAGAAAAUGCCCUCCCAAGUCUGCUCUGUUCUCAUGAGAGAGGAGGAAAUCCCGCCAACCAUCUUACCCAAUAAGAGUCCCUGGUGCUGCAGUCCUAACACCUCUCCACAUCCGAACAGUUCUCUGAUUGACUCAUGUGACUCAGACAUUUCUGAAAGCAAUUUGGGUUCACAGCUCAAGCCUCCUCCGUCAACCAAGCCCAAACCGGACCCAGCCCCCAAAGUGACAAAGCGAUGUAUCAGCUUCCACAGUUCUCCAGUUGCCGUGUCUCCACCAUCUGCUCGCUACAAUGUUGCCGUCGGCUGACAGUGCUGAUCCUGUCUGCCCAGCUUCUCCCUUACUGCAUCAUGGUACACUGUGUGGGAAGAAUGAAGGGGCCAGCGUGCUGGGCUCUGCUCAUGCUGGUGAAACGCGUUACAUGCUUUAAAGAUGGCAUAACACCAGGGAGUAUCGGCAGCUUCUCAUCCACAGUGGAGACCAGAGCCCAGGCAGUCUCCUGCCUAGAUAGGCCUCAGCCUAGCCCAGGAGGAGAACAAAGCUUGCUCCUGUCUAUGCCAUUUUAAAUGAGUUAACUGUUCCUGUGGGUCACCCUGACAUGGGUUUCCCCUUUCCCUCCAUAAACCGCCAUUUUCCUAUGGGUCAUGUCUGUCUCCUCUCUAUCCAGAGGCAGCCCAUUGCCCCUCUGGGGCAAAUAAUCCUUUCCCCUCUGAUAUUCCUUUCCCCUUCUCCCUGGUUUGUCUCCUGUCUUUGUCUCUUACUCCCUGCCCUUUGUCUUGGGUGCUUUUGGGCACCUUAGACACUUUAAGGAAAAGCUAAUUUGGUGCCAACAUAAAGGGAAUGAGAGAUGAGAACUUUUAGAAACCGUUGGGUAAACUGGUAGCCUACCCGAGAAGCACUUUGAUUUUUAUGCCCAAAGCCCAGCACAAGUGAUUCUUGUAAAACAGCUAUCAUCUUAUGAGUUGAGAAGUUCUGCGUAUCACCACGUCUGCAUUAAAGCUAUAACCUGAGCGUGUGCACGUUACACGGAUGACUUAAUGGGAGAAAAUAAAUGCUGAAAGCUCAGCAAGAACAGAA